AAAGUUAACAACAAAUGAUGGGAAAUCCAGAAACUAUAACAGAAGCCUAUGUGGCUGUCAUUCGUCCCAAAAAUACUGCAAGCCUCAAUUCUCGUGAAUAUCGUGCUAAAUCCUAUGAGAUUUUGUUACUUGAGGUUCCCAUUGAAGGACAUAAGAAAAAGAGAAGGAAAAUGUUAUUAGAAACUAAGAUUCAGGAAGACAGUGAUAUAACCCAAAGCAUCCUGGACUAUAUACUAGAAACCACCAAACCAAUUUCACCAGGAAACCAAGGGAUUAAAGGAAAAAGAGUUCUGCUAAUGAAGACAUUUCCUCUUGGUGAAGACACAGGCAAGGAUGCAUCUCUUUUCGUUGUACCCACAGUUGUCAAAGAUAAUACAAAAUAUGUUUACAGUCCUGGAUGCCCAGUUUUCUACUGUUUACAAGACAUCAUGAGAGUCUGCAGUGAAUCAAGUUCUCAUUUUGCUACAAUUACAGCUAGAAUGUUACUUUUCUUAGAUAAAUGGUUAGAAGAACGGCAUUCGCAAUCACAUUCAAUCCCAGCUUUAUUCAGACCAUCUCCUUUAGAGCGAAUUAAAACAAAUGUUACAAACCCUGCCUAUGCUGUUGAACCCGGACAGAGUGAGAGUUCCCUUCACAUGGGAUACACUGCAUUGGAAAUCAAGAGCAAAAUGCUUGCGCUAGAGAAGGCGGACAUGUGUAUUUACAACCCUUUAUUUGGAUCUGAUCUUCAAUACACCAACAGAGUGGACAAAGUGGUUAUAAAUCCGUAUUUUGGACUUGGAGCUCCAGAUUAUUCAAAAAUACAGAUUCCAAAACGGGAAAAGUGGCAGCGCAGCAUGAGCAGCGUGAUGGAAGACAAGGAACGUCAGUGGGUUGAUGAUUUUCCUCUUCAUCGCAGUGCUUGUGAAGGUGAUACUGAAUUACUGAGUCAACUUUUGGAUGAAAACUUCUCAGUAAAUCAGUUGGAUAGUGACCACUGGGCACCUAUCCAUUAUGCAUGCUGGUAUGGAAAAGUAGAAGCAACACGAAUGCUGUUAGAGAAAGGAAAGUGCAAUCCAAAUUUGUUGAAUGGACAACUCAGCUCUCCUCUUCAUUUUGCUGGUGGUGGUGGUCAUGCUGAUAUUGUUCAGAUUCUCCUAAACCAUCCAGAAAUUGACAGGCACAUCACUGAUCAACAAGGAAGAACACCACUGAAUAUCUGUGAAGAAAACAAACAAAAUGAGUGGAAAAAAACAGCUAUGUUACUUAAAGAGGCCAUUAAUAAACAAUAUGAAAAAGUACGAAUUUAUCGAAUGGAUGGUUCAUAUCGUUCUGUGGAAUUGAAAUACGGAAACAAUACUACUGUGCAGCAGAUAAUGGAAGGCAUGCGUCUUUCUCAAGACACACAGCAAUACUUCACUAUUUGGAUCUGUUCUGAAAAUCUUAGUCUCCAGCUGAAGCCGUAUCAUAAGUCUCUCCAACAUGUUCAUGACUGGCCUGAAAUACUCACUGAAUUAACAAUCCUGGAUCCUCAGAGGGAAACACCUCAGCUAUUCUUGAAAAGAGAUGUGAGACUACCUUUAGAGAUUGAAAAAAAGAUUGAAGAUCCACUGGCUAUUCUUAUCCUAUUUGAUGAGGCCAGGUACAAUUUGCUGAAAGGGUUCUAUGCGUCCUCUGAUGCCAAGCUGAUCACACUUGCAAGCCUUUUGCUGCAAAUUGUCUAUGGAAAUUAUGAAAGUAAAAAGCACAAACAGGGCUUCCUAAAUGAAGAAAACUUGAAAUCUAUAGUACCAAUCACCAAAUUAAAGAGCAAGGCACCUCACUGGACAAAUCGAAUACUUCAUGAAUAUAAGAGUCUCAGUACUAGCGAGGGUGUGAGUAAAGAAAUGCAUCAUCUGCAACGCAUGUUUUUGCAAAACUGCUGGGAGAUUCCUACAUAUGGAGCUGCUUUUUUCACAGGACAAGUAUUCACAAAGGCAAGCUCAAGCAAUCAUAAAGUCAUCAGAGUUUAUGUAGGCAUAAAUGUCAAAGGGCUCCACCUUCUAAAUAUGGAAACAAAGGCUUUGCUCAUAAGUUUAAAAUACGGUUGCUUUAUGUGGCAGUUGGGAGAUGGCGAUACCUGUUUUCAAAUACAUAGUCUGGAAAAUAAAAUGAGCUUUAUAGUUCACACCAAGCAGGCAGGUCUUGUCAUAAAACUUCUGAUGAAGCUAAGCAGUCAGCUGAUACCUGAGAGAAGUGAAUAAAUUAAAUGGGGAGCAGUUGUGUUCAAAUGUUCCAGUUUGAUUAAUUGAACAGGAUAAAAGACAUUGCCUGAUGGAGGUCAUACAAAAAUGCCAUGUUCAUUUGUAAAUUUAUAUUGUACAGCACUAUUGUAAUAUAAUCAUUUAAAGUACUUGGUUUGUAAAGCCAUAAGAAUAAUAUUUGUGCAUGUAAUUAACAGAAAUUCAGGAAAUAAAAUCAAGGCUAUAAUUCUAGGUACAGACAUGCUGACAAGGGAAU